CGCCGACACAAAUCUAUCAACUGUUGGACGAUUUACUGUCGGUGGAGCUUCCUCCAUACGGACAAAGUCCAUGAAAAGUUUUCAAAAAUGGCUAACGUUUUAAUUUUCAACAUUUGCCUGGUGAUGAUGUUGUCCCGUGUGGAGUCGUGUUUUAUCCCGAAGUCUCUGUACAUAAUUGUUCCAGACACAAUUCCGGCUGGAUACACAAUCACAACAGUUGAAGUUGCCGACUGCGACACCGAAUCAAUGCACUUAACUUUGGAGGACCGACGUUUUACAAUAACGAGUAAUAGAGCAAUAGUAGCUGUAACGCCUGUAUCAGUGGCACCAGGAGGGCGGACAUUUUCUGUGUGGGCUCAGGACAACAGUGGACUGGAAAGUGAGAUGGUAGUUCACCUUGUCCACAGUGCAAUACGGGAAAAAAAGCCCACAGGCUUCCUGAAGCGCUCCAAGAGACGUUGGAGUCCUCCACCCUUCAACAUUUUAGAGAAUGGUAUAGGACCUUUUCCAAGAAACAUUGAAAAGAUUGUAUCGGACUCGGAAGCCAAGCACAAAGUGUACUACACCAUCACUGGACCUGGUGUCAAUCAGAAUCCAGUGGGAUUGUUCAGUCUGAACCCUGAAACUGGGAUGUUGAUGGUGAACGGGCCAAUUGAUCGUGAAGAGUUUCCAUCGUUUAUAUUAACAAUCAGAGUUUUCGACAAACUCACAAAUAUGGAGACAGACUUACCUUUGGACAUCAAAGUAGUUGUAGAUGAUGUGAAUGACAACGCUCCAACAUUCGUAGACCAACUACAAUUCACUGUGCCAGAGUAAAGCGUCGCAGGGACAGUGGUGGGGAAGGUGAAUGCUACAGACAGAGACCUAGCAGGAAGCCUCCACACCAAGAUCAAGUAUUUUCUCACAACCGGGUUAGACCUGUUUGCCAUCAACUCAGAAACGGGUGUCAUCACCACAGCAACUAACACCCUGGACAGAGAGGCAAACGACAAGCAUAUGGUGACAGUAGUAAUCAAAGAUAUGGACGGUGCAGUAAAUGGCUUUUCAACCACAGGAACAGCAACCAUUACUGUGGGAGAUAUCAACGACAACAACUGAAAUGAAUAAAUGGUUAAAUUGCCAA